UCUCUGUCACCUUUGAAGAUCAACCUACCAGAACACAAAAUAUGAGUGCAUCAGCAAACAAGGCAACUAGCACGCGUAGUGGCCAAUGGCAACCGGAAAAAACGGUGGAGAGUGUAGAUAUUUAUUCAUCAGCGGGGCAAGGUCACGAGCAGAUGCAGCCGGUGAAAGUUCUUCAUCAGCCACAUUCUGCCCCUGCCGCCUCUAACACCAGCGGCAGCAUCUUGUCUAAUGCCGCUGCUUCGGUCGAAUCCACCCUUCAAUCCGCCAAGGAUGCAAUCUCCCGAAAAUAGCUUCAUCAUAUGCACUACUUUAUAAACAAUUUUCCGAUUUUUUUUAUAUGUAUUUAUUAAUUGUCUAAUGUAACAUGAAAUUUAAUUAGCUCGAUCCCGAAGCAAUGUAAUGGAUCGAUAUACAUAUCAAGAAU